AUGGCUGCAGCAAAGACAUUCAACGUGGGAGUUGUGGGCUACGGCUUGUCCGCCAAGGUCUUUCACAUCCCCUUUAUCAAAGUCACUCCCUCGCUGAAGCUGCACUCUAUCCUUCAACGAUCACCCAAGGCCAACGAUUCCGCUCCUGCCGAUUACCCAGAUCUCAAGCACUACACCACCUAUGACAGCUUCCUUGCUGAUUCAGACCUGGAUCUUGUUGUGCUUACCACAACUCCCCCUACACAUUUUGAAAUGGCCAGCCAGGCUCUCAACGCUGGCAAGCAUGUGCUUUGUGAGAAGCCCUUUGUGCCGACCUCGGCCGAGGCAGACAAGCUGGUCGCCCUUGCACGGGAGAAGAGCCGCGUUUUGUGUGUUUACCAGAACCGCCGCUGGGAUGCCGACUUUGUGACUGCCACCAAGUUGAUCAAGGAGGGCACUCUGGGUCGCAUUGUCGAGUUUGAGACACACUUUGACAGGUACAAGCUCGAGAAGCCGACCAACUGGAAGGGCACGACCAAGGUGAGCGAGGGCGGCGGUGCCGUCUACGACUUGGGCACGCACUUGAUUGAUCAAGUAUAUGCCCUCUUUGGCAAGCCGGCCAGCGUCUUUGGCAAGCUCAUCAACUCUCGCGAUGGCGUCAUCAAGGCGGCCGAGGACGACUCGGACAGUGUCACGGCUCAGCUCUUUUACAAUGACGGCAUGGUGGCCCACAUCCGCAUUGGCAUCCUGAGCGUCGAGGAGCAGCAGCCGCGCUUCUGGAUUCGCGGCUCCAAGGGUAGUUUCCGCAAGUCCAACCUGGACACCCAGGAGCCGGAGCUCAAGGACUUUAACGAGAAGAAGCCCAACGGCCGCUCGCCUGCCGAUGAGAACUUUGGUGUUGAGCCUGCCGAGUGGGCUGGCAAGUUGACAACCUUUGGCGCUGACGGCACGACACCCAAGGAGCAGAGCUAUCCCACCGUUAAGCCUCCCACAUACAAGGAGUUCUAUAGGCUCCUGGCCGGGUCGAUUGCCAGCGGCAAGGAGGAAGAUAUUCCAGUGCCGGCUGCUCAGGCCAGCGAAGUGCUCAAGAUUAUCGAGGCUGUUAGAGAAAGUAGCCGAAGUGGAAAGGAGAUCUCUUUGAACUAA